GAACCAGGGCUACACCAGCAGGAGCCAGGGUCUACACCAGCAGGAGCCAGGCUAAACUACCAGCCAAGGCUACACCAACAGGAACCAGCUACACCAGCAGGAGCCAGGCUCACACCAGCAGGAGCCAGGCUAAACACCAUAAGCCAAGGCUACACCAACAGGAACCAGGGCUACACAGGAAACCAGGUCUACACCAGCAGGGACAGGCUACACCAGCAGGAGCCAGGGCUACACCCAGCAGGAACCAGGUCUACACACAGCAGGAGCCAGGGCUACACCAGCAGGAGCCAGGGCUGCACCAGCAGGAGCCAGGGCUACACCAGCAGGAACCAGGGUCUACACCAGCAGGAACCAGGGCUAUACCAGCAGGAGCCAGGGCUACACCAGCAGGAGCCAGGGCUACACCAGCAGGAGCCAGGGCUACACCAGCAGAACCAGGCCACCAGCAGGAGCCAGGGUCUACACCAGCAGGACCAGGGCUACACCAGCAGGAACCAGGGCUACCCCAGCAGGAGCGCCAGGGUCCACACCAGCAGGAACCAGGGCUACACCAGCAGGAGCCAGGGCUACACCAGCAGUGGAACCAGGCUACACCAGCAGGAGCCAGGGUCUACACCAUCAGGAACCAGGGCUACACCAGCAGGAGCCAGGGUCACACCAGCAGGAACCAGGGCUACACCAGCAGGAACCAGGGCCACACCAGCAGGAGCCAGGGUCUACACCAGCAGGAACCAGGGCUACACCAGCAGGAGCAGGGUCUACACCAGCAGGAGCCGGGUCACCAGCAGGAACAGGGCUACACCAGCAGGAACCAGGCUACAACAGGAGCCAGGGUCCUGCCAGCAGGGCAGGGUCUACCAGCAGGAGCCAGGUCUCAGCAGAACCAGGGUCUACACCAGCAGGAACCAGGGCUACCAGCAGGAACCAGGGUCUACACCAGCAGGAACCAGGGUCUACACCAGCAGGAACCAGGCUACACCAGCAGAGCCAGGGCUACAUCAGCAGGAACCAGGGUUACCAGCAGGAACCAGGGUCUACACAGCAGGAACCAGGGUCCACCAGCAGGAACCAGGGUCUACACCAGCAGGAACCAGGUCUCCACAGCAGGAGCCAGGGCUACAUCAGCAGGAACCAGGGUCUACACCAGCAGGAGCCAGGGCUACACCAGCAGGAGCCAGGGCUACCAGCAGGAGCCAGGGCUACACCAGCAGGAACCAGGGUCUCCAGCGGAACCAGGGUCUACACCAGCAGGAACCAGG